AAUCUUCCAAGUUUAGAAUUUGUAGGGUCAAGUUUGGAAAACAAGGACAACAUAACACAAGAGUUUGUGAAAACAAAAACAAAACAAACAAAAGGAAAGGAAAAACCAAACUCUCUUUAAUAACUCCUCUUCUUCAAUCACCUCUAUAAAGAAAAAUCCUCAACAAAAUCAUUCAUCACCGUUUACUGAGAUUUAGUUCUUGUCGUUUUGAUUCGUAGAAGAAAAAUAUAUCCAUCAUUACCAAUGUUGCUCAGAAGUUCUAUCACUACCACCAAGAAGUUCUUCAAAUCCACAUUAAAGAACUUCAAGUCAUUCUUCUCAUCUGGCUACCAAAAGCUUCCAAAAAGCACUUCUCCUUACAAUCACUUAUCUUAUUGUGAGGCUACAAAUCAUGUCAUGGACACAAACAUUGACAAUAAUAAUGGUAACUAUACCAAAUUGUCUAAUGCAAGCCCUUCUAAGGAGAAAAACCAAGUGAAGAAAAGAGAGGUUUUUGACAAGAAAAACAAUGAAAAGAGAAUGACCCUUCAAGGAGAAAAGCAAAAAGAUUCAUCAUUUAUUUCAAAGGAUAUGAAAGAGAGAAGAUAUUGCAUGGUGGAAGAGAAGUUAAGGGAAUUGAAGAUGUUGGAUAUAAGCAAUGUAGAUUAUGUGAUGGAUAUUGAAGAAGUUCUUUAUUUCUAUUCAAGGAUUACUUCUCCUACUUAUCUUGAAAUUGUGGAUAGAUUCUUCAUGGAAAUGUACUUAGAUUAGUGUGUGAGAGGUUUUGAUUUUGUUUAUGCUAAUUUCUUAACUUGUUAAUUAGAGUCUAUGAUCAUUUAACCUUU